AGGCUUUGGAAUGUGCGCAGAGGGGACUUUUGGCACUGAGGCGUGGACAGGGAACGAGAACAGAUCUUUAACAUCCUUAAGAACAGAACCUUAAGAUGGCAACGCAACAGCAACCCUCCAGGCCAACCCAGCUCACAAGGCACACGGUGAAUGGCUUCCGGUACCAGGUGGCUGUGAUCACAAAGGGGCGUGCAGUGUUUGUGCAGGUGGUUGAGUGGCUGUACCAAGGAAGGCCAUGUAUUAAAAGCCAUUUCCUUAGUCUGGGAAAGUCGAGAGCAGACUACAAGCGGAAGUUUAACAGUGAACAAAGGACACUUUUAGAAAAGGGUGCCCCGUUUAAGGAAUUUGAUAUCUCUCUUCUCUACAUCAUUCUUCAACUUAUGUGUGGACUGGCUGACCCCAGUAACCCUGCUUGGACUUCUCCCCCUUCGGGUCAACCUUUGGAACAUCUGCUUCAUAAACUAAAACUGAUGAGGAACCACAUUGCGCACACAAAUGAUGUCCAGCAGAUGUCGGACCAGGAGCUAUUUAAAAAGUUGAGAAAACUCAAAUGUUUGUUGUCCAGAAUCCUCCGACUAGCUGGGAACCGAUGCGGAAUACAUCCCCACAUAUUCCGUGAUCAGGUUUGGGAAAUCAAGCAGUAUUUCCAAGGGCUUCUGCAGAAAGUUAGAGAACCUCUAGAAAGUAGUGACCUGAAUAACUUCCCACAACUACAGCAAGAAAUAAAAGUGUUUCAAGAAGCACUUAGGAACAAAGUAGAAAGAGACAGUCGGCAGGAACUUCAAGGUCUCUACCCACAAUUGUGGGACGUGACUCUCGCUCAGUGGCUGUAUCCAGAUCUGAAAAUCCAACCUAGUCUAAAUUUCACCAACCUGGUAAUCGUGGAAGAUACGUCAACUCUAUCGCCAUCUCAGGAACAAAAGCAUCAGCCCUGCAACAUUUCCCACAAGAAUCUGCUACAGGUUAAGCAGCGAAAUGGUCGCCUGCCUGAAGUGAUUGUAAUAUCAGGUGAAGGAGGAAUAGGGAAGACCACGCUGCUGAAGCACAUGCUGGAGAUGUGGGUGAAAGAUCCUUCACAAAUUGAGGGACUUCAAGACGCUUCACUGUUACUAUACUUACAGCUGCGAGGCUGCACAAUCAGCAGUUGGAAUAACCUACUCAUGAGUCUUCUUGAUAACACAUUUCAGGGAUCUGGACUUACUACUGAUGUUUUUGUUGAUCUGUUCCUUGCAAUGAACAUUGUUGUUCUGUUGGAUGGUUAUGAUGAGGUGAGCAAAAAGGCAAAGAAACUCAUUACUGAUCUCUUAUGCUACCCAGGAAACAUGCGUAUUGUGAUAACCACAAGACCAGGCUGUGCAAAAGAACUAACUCAGAUAAUGAAGAAUAAAAGGCAGGUAAUUAAUGUUGAAAUCAGGGGGAUACGGCGGGAAGACCGGGCACAUUUUAUUGAAAGUACUCUGGCUGCACUUGUGCAAGAUACAACUCGCAGGGAAAAACUGAAGGAGAAGAUUGUCACAAAUCUGAAAACCAUUAAUUUAGAAAAGGGAACACUGGACAUUCCUUUAACCCUGACACUGGCAGUCAUACGUGAAGUUGAGACACCAGGUCAGAGCUCACCAGACAUCUACGGUGAUUUGACAGCCCUUAUGAUGGACAAGAUCAGGGAAAGACUGGCAAGAAAAGGCAUUCAUGGUGUCAAUGAAGAAGUAAAGCAAUACCAUGAGUUCCAGAAGGCGAUUGCUCUCCAAGGCCUUAAAACACGUGAACAUGACCUGUUGUCAGAGACAGUAGAAAAAUUAAAAGCAAAGUGUGAGAGUCUAAAUUUGCCUUACAAGGAAAUAUUUUCUGGAUUUCUGGUCUCAAAGAAAUCCCGACAAGGCCUUUUUAUCACUGUUAUUUGGUCCUUCCCACACAAUCAGUUCCAAGAGUACUGGGCUGCUGGCUACAUAACCACGCAGCUGUCAACAAUGCAAUUACCAGAUUUGGCAGAGUUACAAGAAAUACCAACUUUGACUGACAUUGAGACAAGGAGAAAAAUUUGUAUGAAGGUAUUACCACUGGAUGAAGAAAUUGUAGAACUCAUGGUGAGAAGUAAUCCUAUAUUGCAAAUUUAUGCAGAUGGAAUUGAGGAAGCAAAACGACUGUCAUGGCUUAGUAUAUCAACAGAGAGUGUAAUGUUAUUGGUAGAUAUUUUGUUUAAUAUUACUCGUAUUUUAGCAAUGUCACAUAAGGACCUACUAGGCAAAGUUGCAACAGCUAUUAUCAAUUUCAUCUUAUACAUUGACCAACUAUCACUAGAAGAAUGUGACAGAAUAUUCCAAAUGGUAAUGGUUUCAGAACAACAUCCAAAAAUAGUGGAAGUAUGUGCCAGUAUACUGAAAGAGCGAGACAUCCUGAGUAUUGGUGGGAAUUACCUGCCUGAGCUUGUGCCUCUAGUUGACUACAUGAAGCCUUGCUCUCUGGAAAUAUUUACGGAAAAGAAAGAAGAAGAACUGAGACCGAACCAGCAAAUCUGCGCUCUCGAAGAGUUGGCUAAAAAGGACAUAGAAAUUAGCCUUCACAUACGGUCGAUUUGGGACACUGACAUGUCUGAGACCUGUCUCAAAAUAUUCAAUUGUCAAGGAACUUUGGCCCAACUGACGAAGUUUAACGGCUCUUUGGCGGCGUCAGGCAUGGAAUUCCUCCCAGAGAGCCUCAGAAAACUGAAAACCUCAUCUGACAGGGAAGGGAUGAUGGCUUUGCUCAAGAGGCUUCCUCUCCUGCGGAAACUUCAUGACUUGAACUUCUCUGGAUCCCUGACAAAAGUGGAGAUAGAGCUUCUACCAAAAGUUCUUCAAAAUCUAGACGUUACAACAGACGGGGAAGGCCUGCGGGCUCUGGCUAGGAGGCUCCCACAUCUCAAGUAUCUUUAUAGGCUAGAAAUAUGCCUGCUGGAUUGUCCCAUGCCUGACACACUGCUUGACUUGCCAUACGAAGGGUUCUUGAAGCUGAACCUGCGGAAGGUCUCCCCCCCACAUUGGCUGUGGGUGUGUGACGCCCUGCAGGUGCUCCUGACCACGCGAACAGAGAAGGCCCUUGUCGUGUUCCCUCCUUGCUGCGAUGAAAUUUUCGAGACGAUUGAAGAAGAGCUGAUCCGACGCGAGACGAUCAGCGUCCGGUCCUUCAUAUCUUGGCCAACGCAGAUUAACGUCGAAAGGAAAAAAGCACCAAAAGUAUCCAGAGGAGGUUAUUGCACUGUGACCUAAGAGGAGCCAUCAAAGGAAGUCAUAAGAGACAGACGGAGAGAUAAAUGUACAGCUGAAAGGCCUACGUGCAAUACAGAACAGAGAGAAGUAAAAUUAAAUUGAAAUAAAAUAACACUGAUAAAUUACAAAGGAAACAAAAUCCAUGACUUUUUGGGUCAGUCAGCCUCCCCAUCACAUGGUAAAACCAAAGUAGAUCCUGAUGAGCUUCUUAGUCCUAUUCGAAACGUGUGCGAGGCGAAGGAUCCUGAAUAAAGGAUAGGAAUGGAAAGCGAAGGAGCCUCAAUAAAGAGUAGGGAUACCGAAGGAACCACAGUAAAGAAUAGGAAUAUGGAGCGAAGAAAACUUGAUAAAGAAUGGAUGUAACCCAGUAGUCUCUCUUCCCCUGCCAAAGGACCUCCAACAGUGCGAUAUGAUUUUUUUUUUCACACAAGUCUGUGUGUGCUAUAAAGUCCUCUCAUUAUUUAUAUUAUUGUGCCAAACUCUGUACCAUGCAGUGUCUGUAGCCACUGUUAUCAACAUCGGCAUGGCAUAGCUGCUGGCAUCAGUAUCAGCGUAUAUCAUCUGUAGCCGCUGUCAUCAGCAUCGGUACGGCGUGGCUGCUGGCAUCAGCAUCACGUAUAUAUCCCCUCUCUAGGGCUCGGGAUGAUAGUUCUCUCAUUGGGUCCGAUAAGGAUAAUGCCAUAGUCGUGUUCCUCCGUGCUGAUAUAUGUGCUGAAUUACGUCUUGCCCAAGUAUUGACGAAUAAAUGGCGGGGGACCAUCACUGGUUUAUAGAACAGUUUGAGUGAUUACUGGCUUGAUAACACGGACAUAAGGACCGAUCCGAGGACUUCUGUUAAAGACCUUGACUGUUCCCGCUAUGCGUAUGUACCAUACACAUACAUGUAUAGAUGUAGAUACAUGCCCAUGUAUAUUUUUGUUUAAUUUAAGUAACAGGAUGUAAUGACAUUCGUAGCAAACAGUAAAAUGUAUUCUUUCUGUAGUUGUAAUGUUGUAAGUUCUGGUAUAAAAGUGAAUGGAAUUAUGACAGUGGCUAUGAUUAUUAUUAUAUUGACUUACGAUUGAUAUUGUAUUGAUUACAGGUUUGGCCGCAUUCCAAUAAAUGGUGAAGCGAGUACGACGCAGUGGUAUCAAUCACCUUGAAUUGCCACGAAUAAUCUAAGCAUGUGAAAUGGCGCUUACAGUCUCUCUCUCUCUCUCUCUCUCUCUCUCUCUCUCUCUCUCUCUCUCUCUCUCUCUCUCUCUCUCUCUCUCUCUCUCUCUCUCUCUCUCUCUUCCACAGAAUCCACCUGAUUUAGCUAUAUUUUUGUAGCAGGUAAUGCUUUGGUUUAGUACUAAUUAUUAAUUAAGUUUCACAAAUUAUAUUAUGAAGUUCAGAAGGGUCAUCGUACAGCCGUCCUAGUAUUGAAUUCAUCAGUGUCUGAAAUAAAAGUUCCGAUGUUUGAUUACCCAAUAGAAAAGUUCCCAUGUUUGAUUACCCUUUUUGAAAGAGGAUUUAAAGACGCUUCCCCCAUGCCUCCCCAAAGUUAUUGCUAAGGCAUAGGCUGUGGACAGCACCUGAGUCAGCCUACAGCCUACCGAUCCGGCAGACAAACAGACAGAGGAACUAAUGAUUAUUGUGGACGGUGAUAUUGAUAAUUAUGAUAAAGAUAAUGAUACUGAUUGUAAUAAUAACAGUGUUGAUAAUAAUGAUGUCAACGGUCAGACUUAUGGUAGUAGCGUGGAAUGGUAUUUUAUGGGUAAUCCUGACAUAGUAAGACCGCUAUACACCAUAGAUUUGAAUUUUCCAAUGAUUGUAUGGUAAAUGGAAUGGUAGUUCAGGGGAAGUCCACAUUCCAUUGAAGCUAAAGUGUGUGAUGUUUAUCCUAUGGUGGGGAUAAGCCUUUAGUGUUUUGCAGGGCACUAUAGACACUUUGUCUCGGGGACAUAGGGGUGAUAAUCUAUAGUGCUGGCGUGGCACUUGCGCCGCAGUCAGUACUACCUGUCGUCGAACAAGAACGUUCGUGAGGGUAUAUCUUUGGUAGAUUUCCCAAAGUCCGGUAAAACCGUACUGAAUUCCGUGUGACCAUACUAAGUACACUAGAUGAGGGUCUACGCUCUUCGUUAUUCUCCAAGGGGAGAAAUUGGACUCGUCAGGAGACGAGAGAAUUCACUUGUAUAAGUAAGUACACUAUUAAAUGUAUAAAAUUAU